UAGCUGGGGACUGAACUUUGGGAUUACUUCUAAUGCUCAGGAAAAGAUCAGAACAGCCUGAAGAGGAACAAGAGACAUGGCUCUCAUGGAAUGUAUAAUUUUAGUUGCAAUCGUAGUUGCACUAACUUUAUUAGUCACAGUUACAGGUUUAAGGGCAUCACAUAAUGAAAGACCAUUUCUGAAUACCUUAAGUCUCUCUGCUUCAGACAAAUGUAAGAAUUCACAAAGUAGAGACAGUGAAGAAAGCAGAAUAAAAAUACCAGGUGAAUUAAUAGCAGAGAAUGAUUUAUUAAAGGCAAGGAUUGAAAUCUUGAAGAUCGAAAAAGAAUUCUCAGAUGCCCGCUUCUACAGAGUUGAUGUGAUCUUGGACCCCAGGACAGCUCACCCAAAGCUACAAGUGUCUGAAGAUGGCAAAAGAGUUUGGAACACAGGAACUGUUUCUAAGGUUUCUGACUGGGAGGAGCGGUUUGACUCCCACACAUUCAUUCUGGCAAAACAUGGAUUUUCAAAAGGCAAACAUUACUGGGAGGUGGAGAUUGGUAAUAAUAAAACCUGGGACUUGGGAGUUGCCUCUGCAACCGCUUCUAGAAAGGGGGAGAUCACCCUGUCUCCUGAGAAUGGCUACUGGGUCAUAGGAUGUGAUAAUGGGAAAGAUUACUGGGCUUGGACAGAGCAAUGGACCCGCCAGAAAGUGAACGGAAAGCUUACAAAAUUAGGAAUAUUCCUAGAUAUAUCAGCUGGAAGCUUAUCUUUUUAUGAUGUCUGCAGUCAUAGGAAAUUGCACACUUAUAAAUCACUUGGUGAUGGGGAGCUUUAUCCCUUCUUCUCCACAGGAUCUGCGACUGCAGAGCUAGAUAGUUCCCCACUAAGGAUUCUUCCAUUGAAUUUGGAAGAGUGAUUGUGGCUAUAGAAUGGGAAAACAUACCAGCUAGGCCUGGAAUAGCUCAGAAUUAGCUUUUAUUUAACCAGGAUAGUGGUAUUAAUCCAGGUGCCAAAAAAUGAGAGAAACAGAGUAGACCCAAUGGCAUCAAUAAAUUCCAUCAUGUUCCCCCAUCUAAGAAGCAGUAAUGAUUCAAAGCAUAUGGAGUGUGGACAAAAUACCAAUAUCUACUUGGAAGGGAAACACUUUUUAUGGCUAAACCCUGUAGAAACUAGUACAGUGGUACCUCGGUUUAUGAACACAAUUGGUUCCGGAAGUCUGUUCAUAAACUGAAGCGUUCAUAAACUGAAGUGAACUUUCCCAUUGAAAGUAAUGGAAAAUGAAUUAAUUCGUUCCAGAUGGGUCCGCGGUGUUCAUAAACCAAAAAUUCGUAAACUGAGGUGUUCAUAAACCGAGGUUCCACUGUACACAAAAUAAACUUAAUAUGAUGGAGAAUUGGGGCAGAUAUAGAGACAUACUGUAUUUUUCUGGAAAUGUAUGCAAACUGAAAAAGUUUGAAGAAAUCCGAGAAUGGGUAAUAGAUUGGUUUCAAUAUUAUGAAAUUAAUGAGUAAUUUAAAAAGUUUAUAGAAUGAAGUUCUGAUUUUGAAAAGAUUUUACUUGAAGGAAAAGAAAAAACAAAUUUCAAAAAUGUAUAACUUGAUAUUAGAAUGGGAGACAAAAGAUGAAAUGGUUAGAUUAGAUUAGAAAUAUAAUAGAUUAGAUUAUAAUACUGUGGUUAUGAUUCGAUAGGUAGAAGAUAGAGUGCAGCAGCAGGAGAGAAACAACAAUUCCAUGGAAAAUGGGUGUGUGCGCAUAAACAAAAAUAAAAGAUGAAACUGUGUUUUGACUGUAUAUGUUAAAAACGUUGAAACUUAAUAAAAUGUAAUUUAAAAAAUAUAAAUGAUUCAAAGCCUAGUUUUCCUUGUAAGCAUGUAUAAAUAGGGAAAGUAAAUUUCAGUGACUGCAUAAAUGUUGUAAAUUCUAUUGAUUUGAUUACUGUAAUUUGAAUAAUAAUAAUAAUUUUAGAAUUGUUAAAUUUAAAAUGCCAAGUUUUGGGAAGGCACAGGCCCACCUGCUGUAAAGGAGGCAGGUAAUCAAAGGCUGCCCUGAAAGAAGCCCUUCCUUGGACCUAUGGGCAGACUUUGAUCUUUCAAAUUUUGGCAGCAUCCUGUGUGAACCCAUAAUUUGGCACCCUGCUGCUUCUCACCUUCUGUUCUGCCCAAUUCAGUAUGUAAGACACAUACUCAUAGAGAAGCACACACUGGUAUUCUGAAGUGCCCCCCUUCUUAUUAUGUAUGAAAAAGAAUCAGGAUGCAACUUCCUGGUUCAGAUGCAAUAAUCCUUUGCAAGAAUAACAGGUGAUAUCCACUGGUAAUCCCCCCCAAGAAACUAAUCGAUUUCUGUAAUUCACUCUACUUUUUUCAGACAGUCAUUGGAAGGUAUCUCAAUGUACCAUAGCGAUAAUUGGCAGUUAUCAUACAUACCUACAGUACAGAUCAGAAUGCAAUGUGUAGAUAGAGCUUCUGCUACUUUAGAUGACAUUGUAGUUUUGACAAGCCUUCAGAAUACAGGAGUCCAUUACAGAUACUGUAAUCUAUAUUAGAUUCCCAAGCCCUUUGGCAGAACCUCUGAUACAAAACAAGUCUUCUCAAGGAAUAAUGCUUGGCAUGACAAGCCAAUAUACUUCCCAUGGAAGGCAAAGUAGUGGGAAUAGUGCUGGGCAUUCUAGCAAGAAAAAUUGCUAGACGACGUCAUUACCGAGGAGGCAGGCUUAGUCGUUGUUUGAAGACUAUCCCGGCCUCCGGUUCUGGUCUUGACCGGAUGGAUACUGGAAUCAGCAAGGGGUACCCAAACGACCUGAUUGUGUUGCUGUGCAAUGCCAGGUCAAUGAUCCAUAAGACCAAUGCCACCCAUGACUUGAUCAUGGAUGGAGGACUUGACCUGGCAUGUGUAACAGAGACUUGGUUGGAUGAAGAAAUGGGCCUGUCCUUGCUGUUGCUUGUCCACCAGGUUUCUCUUACGCACAGCAACCCAGGCCUUGUGGGCGGGGGGUUGCAGUGAUUUUUAGGAAGUCAUUAGUUUACACCAGGCGUCCUACUGCGAAGACCCAGUUCUCUGAGUGCAUGUUCUGGAAGUUGGGCAAUAGGGGCAGUACAGGAUUCUUUUUGGUGUACCAACCUCCUCGCUGCACCAAUGAUUCCCUGCCCAAGCUGCUUCAGGUUGUGGUGGAUGUUCUCCUGGAGAUACCUAGUUUGGUUGUCCUAGGCGAUUUUAACAUCCAUGCCAACUCGACCUUACAAGGGGCCGCUCGGGACUUUGUGGAAAGCAUGGCCUCCAUGGGGCUGUCCCUGAAUAAGUCUGGCCCAACUCAUAGCUGCGGACAUGCCUUGGACCUGGUGUUUACCUCUAUGGAUGUUGGUGAUCUGACACUAAGUAAAAGCGAAACUAACGAAGUGCCAUGGUCAGAUCACUACCUGGUGCAACUGGACUUCUCCGCGACCCUUCCCCUCUGCAGGGAGGUGGGACCGAUUCGGAUGGUUCCGCCCCCGCCACCUAAUGGAUCCAAAUGGUUUCGAGAGAGUGGUAGGGGAUGCUUUAUCCCAUGUUGAUGGCCUUUCAGCCGAUUCCCUGGUGGUUCGCUGGAAUGUGGAGUUAACUAGGGCUAUUGACUGUUUGGCUCCGAAUCGCCCUCUCCGAUUGCAUGGAGCCCGGACAGCCCCGUGAUUCUCCAUGGAUCUGAGGGCAAUGAAACAAUCGCUGAGACGGCUAGAGCGCCGGUGGCCGAUAACUCAUUCUGAAGCUGACCGGCAGCAGCAGGAGACUCUUUCAGGUGGUUCGCAAUUUAGCAGAACUACCUGCUCCAUCGGGGCCCAGUACAGGCCACAUGAUCUCCUGCAAUGAUUUUGCAAAGUUUUUUUGCAGAUAAAGUCGCUCAGAUUUGGGAAGAGGUAGACUCCACCGUGGGAGCAGGGCCGGGGCCGGGGAGUGCUAGAGUCCUGUUUAGUCAAGUUGUGUGGGAUCAAUUCCAAUCUGUUACCUCCGAGGAUGUGGACAGUCUGCUUGGACGAGUGAAACCAAC